UUUAUGACAAGCUCUCCAACAUGGCGGAGAAGGGUCCACAAGUGAAAAUUGGGCAUUAUAUUUUAGGUGAAACACUUGGUGUUGGCACCUUUGGCAAAGUAAAAAUUGCCACCCAUCAUCUUACUGGUCACAAGGUAGCUGUGAAGAUUUUAAACAGGCAGAAAAUUAAAAGUCUCGAUGUUGUGGGGAAAAUCAGGAGAGAGAUUCAGAAUCUCAAACUCUUCAGACACCCUCAUAUAAUCAAACUAUACCAGGUGAUGAGCACCCCAACUGACAUCUUCAUGGUCAUGGAAUAUGUGGCUGGCGGUGAACUGUUUGAUUACAUCGUCAAGCAUGGCAGGCUAAAGGAUGCAGAGGCAAGGAGGUUCUUCCAGCAGAUUAUAUCUGGGGUGGACUACUGUCAUCGACACAUGGUGGUGCACAGGGAUCUCAAACCUGAAAACUUGCUGUUAGACCAGAACACCAAUGUUAAAAUAGCAGACUUCGGUUUGUCUAACAUGAUGCAUGAUGGAGAGUUUUUGCGGACAAGCUGCGGCUCUCCGAAUUACGCUGCUCCUGAAGUUAUCUCAGGAAAGCUAUACGCUGGUCCAGAGGUGGAUAUCUGGAGCUGUGGUGUUAUUCUGUAUGCCUUGCUGUGUGGAACGUUACCAUUUGAUGAUGAACACGUCCCUACACUAUUCCGGAAGAUCAAAUCUGGCCUCUUCGCCAUCCCUGAAUAUCUCAGCAAGGAUGUUGUGUCCUUAUUGUGCCAUAUGCUACAAGUAGACCCUCUCAAGAGAGCAACAAUACAAGACAUCAGGGAUCAUGAGUGGUUCAAGAAAGAUCUGGCUGGGUACCUGUUUCCAUCUCCGAACGACCAGGAUGCCUCUAUAGUGGAUCUGGAUGUCAUCAGAGAAGUUUGUGAUAAAUUCAACGUAGAUGAGCUGGACGUUCAGAGGGCUAUCCUGAGUGGGGACCCACACGACCAACUGGCUAUCGCCUACAAUCUCAUUAUAGACAAUCAGAGGUUUGCAGAUGAAACUUCUAAAACAGAGAUGAAAGAAUUCUACCUUGCCUCUUCCCCGCCUCCAGAGUCAUUCCUGGCCUCUAGUCCUAUGAAACCUCACCCAGAACGAAUGCCAGAAAUAAAGGAUGUGACCCACACAUUAGAUCCAGUCAAAAGUCCGCCAUCAGGACAGAGGCCUGUACAGCCUGCACCAAAAAAAGCCAAAUGGCAUCUGGGUAUUCGGUCACAGAGCAAGCCACAAGAUAUUAUGCAUGAAGUCUUUAGAGCUAUGAAAUCACUGAACUUUGAAUGGAAAAUAGUCAACAAUUAUCAUGUUCGAGUCAGGAAGAAGAAUGAAAUCUCUGGAAAGUUUACCAAGAUGAGCCUACAGCUGUAUCAGGUUGACCAGAAGAGCUUCCUGCUUGACUUUAAGAGUCUUUCUACAGUGCAGACUAUGGAUGCCAUAGAAACUCUAGAGCAAAUAUCAGACGAGAGGAUGGAUGUUGACGAGGAGGGAGAUGGACAGUGCCACCAGACACUUGAGUUCUUCGAGAUGUGUGCCAAUCUCAUCACAGCACUUGCUCGAUGAGUCACAAACCAUUCAUCGUCAGUACUUCACGGGAUUGUAUAUUGUGUGUUCCUCCAUCAUCCAUGAGUACAUAUGUUCAUGAUGAGGUGUAGUUGCUGAUUUUAACCACUGUAUGAAGUGGACUGCCAGAAUCAGGGAGCCAGUUAGUGUGCAACCCAGUGAGGGCAUAUCAUACAUCGCUGAAACAGUAUUGGUUCUUACUUAAUGAGCAACGUGCUAUUGAGUACUGUACAGAUUGCUUCUAUAAAAAGCGUCUUCUCAUUGGGGUAGCCUUGUGGUUAAAGCAUUCGCUAAUCACUCAGAGGACCCAGGUUUGAUUCCCACAUGGGUGCAAUGUAUUAUGCCCAUUUCUGGUGUCCCCCUGCCAUAAUAUUGCUUGAAUAU